AUGCAUCGAGUUUUGAAAGCAGAAAACAGCGCUAAGAAUAAUGAAGAAAAUGAGAAAAAUACAAAUCAUUUAUUAUGUGUUGUAUGUGGUGAUCAAGCAACUGGUCGACAUUAUGGCACAAUUGCAUGCAAUGGUUGCAAAGGUUUCUUCAGAAGAACAAUCAGGCGAAGUUAUAAAUAUGUGUGCCGCUUCAAUGGUACUUGCAACAUUGAUAAACAUAAUCGAGCGGUUUGUCGAGCUUGCCGUUAUACACGUUGUAUCAAUACUGGCAUGAAAGUUGACGCAGUGCAAAAUGAACGUGACGUGAUUGGAAGACGUAAUCGUGCCCCAUCAUCUCCACUUCCUUCAACAAGUCUUCCACUAGAGAAUAACAGUGCACAUUAUACCAAAACUGAUCAAAUUAAAUCAUCACCUACUCCUAAAGGAUCAUCUCGAAUUGGGCAAUUUAUGGUAUCUCAAUCAACUGCGACAUCUGUUCCAACGUGGGACACACCAAGAUCUCUAUUAGAAAGUCUUUUGAUAUCAGAGAAAAAGAUUCAAAGUUUACGAGAAUCUGUGAUCAAGCAAACAGAUGUUCCAAUGUGGACAAAAAAUCAAUUGUAUGCAGCAAAUGAAGCAUGCAGAACUGCGACUAUCAAGGAUAUUUACAUGAGCAUACAUAGUCAGCUACUGCUUGUGAUAGAGUGGGCUAAAACAAUACCUCCAUUUGCGUCUCUAUCUACAGAUGAUCAGACAGCUUUGUUAAAGAAUUACGCUUCUCAACAUAUUAUUUUGGGUGUAUCAUAUCGUUCAAAAGACAACUCAGAUUUUUUGAAGUUACUUAACGAUUCCUGCAUACCCCGUUGUUUUAACAGUGAUGAAUCAGAAUGCUUAGAAAAUAUUUACUUUCGUGAUUGUGAACGUAUUAUGGAUCAGCUUGUUGCACCAAUGCGAUUCUUGAAGAUUGACGAUGUUGAAUUUGCAGCUUUAAAAGCUUGUGUAUUAUUUAAUCCUGUAGCCAAAGGCUUAUCAAGUAGCUGUGUUAUGGAUGUUUUGGCAACACGCCGACGUAUAUUUGCUGCUUUAGAGCAUUACGUGAGUACGAAAAUUCCAACAGAUACAAAUAGGAUUGGUGAUUUGACGUUUUUCGUCUUAUCUCCAUUACAGGCAUUGGCUAAUGCUGUUUGCGAAGAUGUUUUGGUAUUCAAAUUAUCAGGCUUAGCACACAUUGAUCAGUUGAUGGAAGAGUUAAUUUUAACAGAAACAAAAGAACAAAAAGUUUGUGAUCGAUUAGCUUCUGGUAAUUUUGAUUUGCAUAAUUAAAGUUUGAAAGCGUCUUUGAUAAAAAAUUCUGUUUCGCACUGCAUGGAAAGCUUAGUUUCAAAUUCUGUAAUUAAUGAUGCAACUAAUGGAAGUAUAGCAAGUAGUACUACGAUGACAGAUUACAGUGAACUUUCUUAUGGUGGUUAUUCUCCAACAACAAAUACAAUGACCUCUUUCUUGAUUGACCCUUUCAAAAGUAAUUCAUCCUCACCUGUACAAUUGCAAUCAACAGUUGCACCAAACGUGGAAUCAGUGGUGUAUUCAUCAGCUUGGAAUGUACCAACAGCACAUUGU